GAGGUAAAAACAAACUUUAACCGGCUUCUAAGAAAGCUAUGAGCGGUGGAGGCGUGAGCCACGUUUCUCCGCAUCAUUUCUUCCUCAAGUCGCCUCGUCAGCAUUGACACCGUCAGCUUUGACGGUUGCAUUAACCUUUUCAUUGUGAGAGUGCUCAUUAUUAUUAUUAUUAUUAUUAUUACUAUCUCUUUGCCACCUGUGCCAUUUUGAUCUUCUUCUAUCGGCGUGACUCUUGUAUUUGCGGUAUAAUAAACCAACUUUUCUUUUUUCUUCUUUUGGGUGUUCUUCUUCAUUGAACGAAGAAUUGGAGCCGUCGCGCGGACACGCAAUCCUGUCUGCGAGAACGGUGGCGUUCUGUAGUUGCAUUUCACUACGUGGUCAGCUCUGCAAGACAACCGUUGCGUUGACCAGAAGAGAGAGAGACCCGCCAACGUAUUCAAGUGUGUCACUCAUCUCAGCCGCGAAGUUCAUCCUUUGUGUUUUCUGCUUUUUUAUGUACUACUCCGACGCACAACAUUGGCGUGGUGUGUGAGACAUUCGCUUUUUUUUUCUUUCCGGAUGGUGUUCACGAAAUUCGUGAACCCUUUUAUUAUUAUUUCCAAUCAAUCUAACUAGUGUUGUUGACAUUGUUUCCUUUUGCAGAGAAUUUGUGCUGUGUGCACUUGUCCUAUCUGGCUUCCGUGAUUAUCAGUCAAUGCAUGGACGGGCAAAUGCAUGCCGUCAAAAGCACAUAAGCUGUUUUUCAACAGGCACACCCAGAGCAGAAAAAUAAUCCACUUUUUCAUUCUCUCAAACGCAAGAACGUUUCUUGUCUCUUCCAGCCAAUUACCUUCUUGUCUUCUUUUCUUUUCUUUACUCUUUUAUUUUAUUUUAUUUUCUUCUCUCUCCUUUUUUCCUGCCUCAGUGGCUUUAUAGACUUUUCAGCUUUACGUUUGUAUUGAUCCGUCCUCGCCACUGUGAUCGUGUGUGGCGUCUAUUUGUGGCGCUUCCUUUUGCUCUUUUUCCUUCUUUCUCUGGCGGUCUUUCAUUGAUCAUUUUUUCUUUCCCCGCUGUACUUGUGUGUUUACUUCUUCUGUUUUUCUUGUUAUUGAAAUCUCCGUUUUUCCCCCUUUUUCCCCUGUUUUUCUGUUCCCGCUCCGUGUUCUUUUUGUUUGCCUCGUCUUCAUUUUAUUUCCCGUCAAUUCCUGUUUCUUGGAAAAGUCACUCCUUUUGAUCUCCCAUUCCUUUUUUUUUUCUUGAGAACUAAGCGUUUCUUUUCCGUUAGCACAGCAAUAAAAUUGCCGCAUGUAAAGACGGCUCGCAUCAUUGAGCAGCAACCAGAAAGGAAAUCAAAAAGAAAAACAGUUUGUGACAGUUUGUGGAGGUGGGGUUGCGGCGCUACUGUACUUUACGAGUACCAUCUUUCAUGAUUGUGUUUUACGUUCUGCUUUUAUUUUCAUUAUUUGUGCAUAUCACCGAUUUAGUGUCGGUGACGUUGCCCGUCUUCACUCGCCACCGCAGUAUGACGAGUUUUUUUUCUCCUUUAUUCUUAAACGUUUUUGUGCAUUUGUAUUUUUGUCACUUUUUCCCAUUCUCAUUUUCUUGUGUUUCCGUUUUUCGUUUGGAAGAAAAAGGGGAAAAAGGAACGAAAAAGAAGUAAACCCGAUGAGCAGCAGCCCGGCUUACGGCGCCACAUCGCCGUCCUCGCCUCGACCAUUGUUUUCACCACGGAAGCAAGUCUCCUUCAUCAGCGGGGAGGGAGCAGUGGAGGACGAAGUGAAACCGCGGACGAGCUGGCUGGGCGAUGGCGCAGGCGCGCGUGGAGUUACGGCAGACGCGGCGAGUGCGACAGCCCCGCCUUCUUCGCAUGCCAGGCAUCAGCGGCGACUCAGCGAGGAUGUAGUGGUGUACGCUGCACCGGAGAAUACCGCACCACAGUGCAUGAGCGGUAACGGUGCGGGAAAAGCGCGAGAUGCGGACCGCACCCAACUUCAUCUUCGUUGUCCUCGUCCCAAUGAUGACGUUCCUCAACCAGGCGUCUCACGUUCGGAGACUUCGCCAAGGUUAGAGGAGAAGACGAUGGAGGUUGACGACCCAGCCGUCUUUGAAAGUCCAUCGUACUCUGGUAUUGGGGCAUCACCGCCGCAGGUCAGUGUUAAUCGAUCGCAUGAAGAGUACGUCACAGCCAUCACCACAAGAACAAAAGCAAUGAGGAUUGACUCCGGUGCACAGGAUUACCACAUAAACAAGUGCACAGAGCCGGAGAUCGAAGCGAUGUGGCCAAUUUCACCACUGCCGUUAGCGAUGGCGUUGCGCACUACCUCUGCCAACAGCACUGCCGCAGCUGUAAAUUGUCCGCGUGUAACAGGCGUCACGGGGCCAACACACACGGCUCACAUUCAGUCAUCGAAUCGUUUAAACUUAGUCCCCGGCUGCCCCGCGGCAAUGACCACCCGAUCUACACGCGCACCUCUACACAAACGCAGGGAUGUGCGAGACUCCAACGGCACCUUUGGCGGCAGCGCUGCCUCGGUCACGACGCAGCCUGGCGUGGUCGUCCCACACGUCUUCGGCGUCUCCUCACCCAACGACGACGAACACACGGCGGAGUCCGGCUCCUUCGCGAUGGACCUGAGUGAGUUUAGCACGAAUGCGUCGCCGCUGCCGCCCUCUGAGCCACCAUUGUCGUCGCUGCCGCCCUUCAAUUUACCCACCCAACCGUCCAGUCCGCAAGGUGCGCUGCCGCAGACACACAUUUCGCUGACGGCUCCACGUGCUCCCAUGAAUCUGAGGACCAGCCCGCCGCUUUCGUUGUCUUCGUCGGUGGUCAUGUCAGCCUCUUUUGCGUCGCUGCCAUCUCCACCGCUGGCGAACCCACUGCAGCCGUCUUUCGACUUCCACAGUCCAUUAAAGGUGAUUCACACAGUGUCCCAGCAUGAAUCAGCUACGGUUGCGGACCGCUAUUGGGAAGCACCAGACGUCAGCGUGUCUACCUCGGCAGCAUAUCAGGCCCUCUCGCCGGCGCAAGGACGGUAUGCAGACGAGGUGGCGACACCGACAGCCGUGUCUGACGCACGGCCAUUCCCUCCUGAAGAACUUCAUCCCAGCAGGCAGCGCACGAUGUCACCACGAGAGAUGCGUUCCACUACGCCGCCAGUUCCGCAACAGCAGCAACCGCCCCCACAACCGCCGCUUCCCGGCGUCGAUGCGAACUGCCCAGGUCCCUAUCAACCUGAUUUCGAAACGAGUGCAACCGAUGCGUGUCGUACGUUCUCUAGAGCACAGAUGUCCGCUAGCCACAGUCAGAUAGAGCUGGGGCUGCAUCCCUACGAAUGUGUUGUCCCUUUCACGUUACCUUCGUCGUCCGCAGGCCCAAUGCCGCAACCCACUCCUCCGCACUCUCUUUUCCCUUCACCACGCAACGAGUCGACACGACUACCGCCGUCUCAUGUGACGCUGCAGAGUUAUGUGAGGCAGAUGAAGUCUCCGGCUGCGCACUCCCACAGUUUCUCCUGUGCGUUGCUUACGAUUGGGACGUGCUUCUGCGCAUUGCCCUUCUGCGGCUGCCUUUUGUUGCUCGGUCUGCACUUUUGGGCAGUCGGGGUGCAGGAGGGGGGCUACCCCGGGCACUCUUAUCCCACCCACGUAGGAUCCAUGUCGCAGAGGGGCCUCACCUUCAUGUUAGGGACGUUGCUCUGUGCUGUGGUCAUGGGCCUCGGUGGGGGUCUUGCCGUGUACGCGCUGCUCUACCGGCGAGCGAUUCGCUAUCAGAAAUGUGUGUUUGCGCUGUGCGCCAACCUUUCAUACGACGUUGCCUCCUCCGAUGGAGCGCAUGUCGCGUCCAACUUUCUUGAGAGUCCUGGUGACGAUUCAGGUUACGCUGCAUUGAGUUCGACUGUCACUGUGCCCGGUGUGCGCCUCGACGUUUGCGACUUGACCCCGUCACUCUCCACACUUUCGCGCUGGCAUCGCGAGGUCGUUGCUCUGCUCGAUGCGUUGGCAGCACCGCAGGCGGCGUCUGGUGAGGUCUUGCCCUUCCUAAGCGUCUCCGCCCCGCAUGACCCCUCACCGUUGCUGCCAUCCCCGCAAGCGCGUGAGCAGGUGGACAGGCCGUUCUUUAACGCGGUAAGGGCACCUGGUGCGUUGACGGGAGGCGGCGUUGUCGCACGACCCUUUUCGGCGACCAGCGAGGUCUGCUCCAUCGGCAGCAGCAGCGGACCGGGCGCGCAGCGAGAUCGCGUCGAGGAGGUCGUCCUAUCUCGCCGCCCGCAGCACCCCGCCGACGAGAGCCGGCUGCACGACGUUGUCACCGUCGUUGUGUGUCGCUUUCUCGUGCCGCCGCCGCUCUUAGCGGGGCAGCAACCCAUCUCCAAGGCACAGCUGAAAGAACUGGAAAGUCUUUCUCUGGAGUUCCACACCCGCCUGCGCCGCGCGGGACUUGGGCGGCAGGUAUACAUGACGGAGUGCGGCAUCGCCGAGGUAGUCUUUUCGCUGAACACGGUGUGGCCCGUCCAGCUCCUUGUGGCAAACGCCACCGCCGUCGCACUGGCGCUGGCGGCACAGAGAGAGUUAGCAGAGUGGUCGCCGAAGUAUCGCGGCCAACGUGUGCGGUGGGGCGUGGCGGUGCAUCGCUUCCGCACUGUCCUGCGGCCCGCUCGCGGCGGCAACGGACGACUCACCCUUAGCUUUGGCACCCUUGAGUACGAUGUGGCCCGGUCCCUGGCGCAACUCGCGGCGCUGUGCGGCUACGGCGUCCUUUGCCACGCCGACUUCUUCACGGACGCGAUGAACGAGGCGAAGGGGCUGCCAGUGGACUACGUGAUGGACUGCAUGCAGCGGCUGCUUUUGGUGUACCAGCUGCACGACGAAGCUGUGCCAGAGGGCAGCAAGCGGAGCAUGGCGGACAUCCUAAGCCUCAUGCGCGGCGGCCGCUACACCGAGGCGUCCCGGCGUCUGAAGGCGUGGAAGGAGCACGGUGGUGACGGUGCACCUUUUCUGCCUGCUGCGCAGCACUUGCUGUACGUGGCGCGUUUUUUAACUGGCGCACUGAGCCACGGCGAGCGCGACGGGCGCUACGGCACGGCUGUUUUGGACUUGCGCUCCUCCUACGCCUCUUUUGCCUCUUCACCCCCGCUUUCAACAACAGCGGCAUCUCUCUUUUCCAGCUUCUCGGAGUGGUUGAUAAAGAUGCUGAUGCAAUCGUACUUCCGGCCGCCACCGAUAUGGGAAGAGGACACCAACGGGGCUUCCGCCGGCCCACAGUGGCACAGUUUUUCUUCUCCCGCCGCCACUGGUGCAGCGGCGGUGGACAACAACGGCAGCAGCAGCAGUCGACAGGCCUCCCCGCCGCCGCGGCUGUUCCACGAUGUGGUGAGGAUGGCAGACGUCCGCCAUGGCAGUAGCAAACGUAGCAUCGGUGGCAACGAGGCGGCCGCGCCUGCGACGCCGUCGCGUAUGACGUCGCACUACUUCUUUCCUUCCGUUUUCUCUGCACCCGCCAACGCGCACAGCGAUCCAAAGAAGCGCGUUGCUUCUCCCCGUACCCUCUUUGGGAAUUUAAUUGUUUCCUCCGGCAGCGAUGCUCACUGGCUGCACAGUCCGCUGACGCUCGAAUCAUCUGUGCGUGUGGGCAGCAAUUCACUGUCGCUGAUGACGCCGCCGUCCGCUUUACCUGACCAUUGGAGUGCCCGACCCGCUCCCGCAGAACACUUCCCUCCUCCUCCAGCAGGAGGAGGUGCUGCUGUCGUCUCCGUUUCGCCGGCAAGCAGCCGGUUUAGCAGCACCACCGUGAUGACGCCUGUGGUGCUACCGCAGGCGUUACAGGAACUCCAGCGACGCGACCCCGCCCCUCAGCCACUCAACCUUGACGACGCCGCGCAGUGUGCCAAUGCGGCGACCUCCUCCGCCUUCCCCAACUCACUCCCGCGUAAGGUGCACGUCGUUCAGGAGGAUUCCCCCGAGUCGCCUACGCUGCCGCCGCAGUCAGACAGCAUGCAGGCACUGCAUGCCUCGGCGGUUUCGCCGAUCGUGCCGUUGCCGCCAGGUGAGUGUUUGCUGGCGGCACCGGGAGGAAGGCCUGCGGAGGGUGUGAGCGAGAUCCCACCGCCGCCUCUUCCCCAGGGCGGUGGCGCGCGACGCGCGCGACGAAAGAGCAGUCUCGACAGCCGCGGGAGCCGUUCACGCGGCCGCAGCAGCUCUGCUUUGCCUGGCACUACGUCGGAGGAAGGCGAGCUCGUUGGUGCGAGGGUCGAAGCAGCUCCCUCUUUCCAACCUUUGGAAUACCAACGAGGUGCCGCUGAGGGUGCGAUCUGCGUCCCCAGCUCGGUACGGUCAGCGCAAUCGCUGACGCUGUCGGGCCGCACACAACAGCGCAGCACACCGUACCCCACGACGCUCCCGCUCUUCUUGGACAGCGCCGCGACACUGCCGGGCGUGGAGGACGACGAGGACGACAGCGGCGGCGGCGACCACACCAACACAACCGGCGGUGACCCCGAUCUGACGAGCUUCGCGGAGGUCUCACGGGAGCGCUCGAUGACGUCGGUGGCGCAGCGCUCACGUUCGAUGAAGUCGGUGCGGGCUGCUUCUACGUUUGCCGCCGUGGUGUGCACCCGCACGCGACGCAUCACCGGCGACCGCAUCGGCAUGACGCAGGUGUUUCAAGGCUUCCAUCCGCAGGGAUAUCUGGUGGCCAUUAAGCAAGUAGACAAGCGCUCCCGCAAGCUGGUGCAGCUGCAGCGCAACGAGAUCCAUUUGCUUCGCCGGCUGAGUCACUCCAACAUUGUGCAUUUCGUUGGCGACUGGGAGGAUGACGCAGCCCUGUGCAUGGCGAUGGAGUACGCCUGCGACACGUUGACGUCGGUGCUGGAUAAAUUCGGCCGGCUGUUACCGGGCGUUGUGCGCCACUACGUCUGCGGUUUGCUUCGCGCCCUCGACUACCUGCACAACGGGAAAGGUAUCGUGCACCGCGACGUGUCGCCUAACAACAUCCUUAUCACGAACGCGUCGGACAGCAGCCAGGCGAAGCUAAUUGACUUCGGUCGCUCGAUGCUGCUACCUCGCUCACGCAGUGUCACGGUGAGCCCGACCACAACGUCUGUUACAUCCGCGCGUCUCUCCCGUCAGGGGCCGUCAGAGGGCCGCUCCAUACGCAGCACCGACUCGUCACUUCAGCAGCCAAUACACGCACCGGUUGUGGGGACGCCGCUGUUCAUGUCCCCGGAGGCGUGUCGGGGCUUGGUGCAUCCCGCCAACGAUGUGUGGAGUGUGGGGGUGAUCAUGUACCUGUGCUUGACGGGCGAGUACCCGUACCCGGCGGAGGCCUUCGUAGAUCCCGAGGCGUUUAUCGCGAGCGUGGGCAGCGGCAGACUCACGCCUACGCUUGGUGCGUUGCCCAACUCGACCUCGGUAGAACACGACUUUAUUGAGCAAUGCUUAACGAUAGAUUACACUAAGCGCCCGUCUGCCGCGGCGCUGCUCAAUCACCCCUUCAUCAUUGUUUAG